UCUCCGAUUAUACUGGCCAGCCAGAAGGGGCAGCAUUCCGCUGUUGAGACUCUGAUUGACCAUGGGGCGGAUGUGAAUGACCGUGAUAAAUUGCGGCGCACGCCGCUUAUCCAUGCUGUUAACGAGUCCAAGACAUCUGUGGUGAGGUUGCUGAUUAGCCGUGGGGCGGAGGUGGACUUUGGGAGUGUCUUUGGCAAGACUACGUUGCAUUAUGCCUGUGAGAAUGGGUCGCGUCUCGUUGUCGAAAUAUUGCUGCAAGCUGGGGCAACUGUGGACGUGGUCGAUAGUCAGGGAGAAACACCGCUCUCCUGGGCUGUAGAAAAUGGCGAUACUGACAUUGCGCGGCUUCUUAUCAAGCAUGGAGCAAGUACGAGCAUCCAUCGGUGUAAAGAUAGGACCCUGCUACAUAUUGCUGCCGAAAAUCAGGAUGCGUCUAUGGUUUCGGUGCUGUUGAGUGCUGGCUGCAGUCUGUCUGCCAUUGACAGUCUGGGGAGG